AUGCUGAAGUCUAAAAAAGGAAAAUUAAAACGAAAUGCCAAAAAAACUGGAGGUAUUCGUAUUGAUCCAAACCGUGAAGUGGAAUGUCCUUUAUGUUUGGAAAAACUUGAAAUUGAUGAUCUACAAUUUUUCCCAUGCGAAUGUGGAUAUCAAAUAUGUAGAUUCUGUUGGCAUAGAAUUAGAACAGAAGAGAAUGCAUUAUGUCCUGCAUGCCGAAAUGUCUAUCCAGAGAAUCCUGCGAAUUUUACACCAAUUAGUCAGAAAGAACUUGUUCAAUAUCAAGCAAAAAAACGGAAACGUGGUGAGAAAAAGAAAGCUACAAAAGUAAUAGAACGUCAAACAAAUUUAGCUGAAUUACGUAUACUUCAAAAGAAUUUAGUUUUUGUUGUCGGUUUACCACCACGGCUGACAAAUCCUGAAAUACUUAAAAAACCCGAAUUCUUUGGAAAAUAUGGUCAAGUCGAAAGAAUUGUCAUAAAUCCGAAUACUAGAUAUAUGGGAACGCAAUCACAAACUGCUGCCGUCUAUGUCACAUAUACACAUGCCGAUGAUGCUCUUAAGGCUAUACAGUGCACCAAUAAUCUUGAUAUUGACGGUUGGCUCAUACGAAGUAAUUUAGGUUUGACUAAAUAUUGCCACCAUUUUGUUAGGAAUGAACAAUGUGUUAAAAAGGACUGUUCUUUUCUACAUUCACUAGCAGCCACAGAACUUACAUUCACUAAAGAGGAUAUACAUCAGAAGAAGCAUUAUGAAAUUGAAAAGAAGUUUCAUGAAAUUUUAGAAGCAGAGACGAGAGCAAGUGAAAAUUAUUUAGACCAACCAAAGAAGUGUAAUAUAAAAACAACAACUCACUCAACUCAGACAGAAGAUGAGCACAUCGUUCUUGAUGACAUAAAUCGCAAACGCGAAUCUUUAGAAUCGUCUUCAUUGACAAGUAAUAUUGCUAUCAGUGAAGAACACUCUUCGAAGAUUUCAGUACUUGAGCAAAUUGAACCGGAUAAAACUGAAGUUAAAAAAGGUAAACAGAAGAAACCUAAAAAGAAGGCCAAAAAAAACAAACAAAAAUAA